UUUAUUAGCCAUUGUUACGUCGUCUUUUUCGUCAUGGAUAAAACGGAUUUUUUGAGUAUUGUCAAAACCAACAACAUUGGCCGACGAAUAUAUAGUUUGUUUAGUCACUUGAACAUAGGAGUUGUCUUGUUCAUAGAUAUCUUAUCGUGGACUCGUACAAAGGACUUAGACGUGUAUUUCGUUCGAAUGAAUGCUGUGAUAAAGGUUAUGGAACGAUUAGGGAUUAAAGACAAUCAUUGGCGACAUCUGCGGUUUCAGUAUAUUCAGUAUUGCAUACUAUGUUUCAACAUACUGAUAUCAUCCGCAUGUACUGUAUGGUUCAUGAGUGGAAUAACAAUGACUAUAAAAUUAUCUCUUUCCUACGGUUACUUUUAUCCAAUCAUAAUUAUCCACGUCAGUGACAUCUAUUUCGUGAUUUUCAUAAGGUACAUCGGUACUAAAUUCGAACAAUUGAACGAGACUCUUUCUGAUAGAUUAAAAACUUUAUCUAAAAUUGAUGAUACAGAGGAGCACAUUCAACCUGAAGAGAAUCUCUGUAAUUUUAUUAAAUCAAUCAGGCAGAUACACUUAGAAUUGAUACGAUUGUCGAAAUACUUAAACAAAGUAUUUGACGUACAGUUGCUAAUAUCUAUCACAAUUUCGGUUGUAUUUAUCAUAUCAUGGUUAAUGAAUACCUACAAUAUUCUGAUAGGGACGACAUUUGAUUCUCAGACGUACUUGCGAACAGCUGGGCUAAUUGACAUAUUGACUUUUUAUUGCUUUAAAAUAUUCAUCAUAGGUCAGACAUGUGGUGCUACAUCAGCCGCGGCACAGAAAACUGGAGGAAUUGUUUUCAAAUUUUACAAUUUCGAACGGAGCAAAGAGAUUCGCGGGGAGAUUGAAAAAUUCACGAUGCAACUGAUACAGAAUCCUGCAUCGUUCACCGCUCACGAUUUUUUAACACUCGAUAAUGCAUUCGUCUUUCGAGUUGCUGCAUCCAUCACAACGUAUCUGAUUAUUCUUAUUCAAAUGAAUAACUCCAUGUUUGAUGUUGGACAAGUAAAUACAACAAUUCCUAUACAAUAA